CCCAGACAAAGAUCAUCUUUUUUUUUCUAUUUCGGUUUCACUCCCUUUUUUUUUCCCUCCUAUCUGUCAUAUUUCAUAUCAUGGCCUACGAAAUACCAGUUAUUGACUUUGGCAAUUUCGACAACGAUCCCAAGCAAGUUGCUCAAAAGGUCUUGGAAGCAUGCAAGUCCAUUGGUUUUUUCUACAUGGUGAACCACGGCAUUGCCAAAGAUCAAAUUGAUCGCUCAUUCGAAUUGGCUAAAGAAUUUUUCGAUACGCCUGCCAACGAGAAGCGUAAAUAUUUGAUCCAAGAAGACAAUCAUGGCUACUCUGAGCUCUAUCAAGAGACACUGGAUCCUGAGAACCAAAAGCAAGGCGACCACAAGGAAGGUUUCAACUUUCGUAACUUUGUGAAUGGUAAGGCCCACGCUCCGCUUCCAGCUGUUUUCGAGAAGGAGCAUGCAUUUGUAGAAGGUUUCUCCAGAGCUUGCCACGGUAUGGCCAUGCGUGUCCUUCAAGCAUUUGCAAUUGCACUCGAGAUCCCGGAAGAAGAAGGCGGAGCCAAUUGGUUUGCCGAUCGUCACACUUACGAUGAACAAUCUGGUCAGAUCCUCCGUUAUCUGAAAUAUCCACGCGGCGGUGAAUCCACUUACCAGGAGCCCGUGAGAGCGGGUGCACAUAGUGAUUACGGCAGCAUCACACUUUUAUUCCAAAAAGAUGUUCCCGGUCUUGAGGUGAAGGCCAGUCGCACAGAAUGGAUUUCUGCACCUCUGAUCGAGAACUCGAUCUUGGUGAACGUGGGCGAUCAGAUGCAGGAAUGGACAAACGGAUUAUUCAAAAGUACGUUGCACAGAGUCACCUUUUUACCCGAGCAUGCGCAUCUCGACCGAUACUCGAUGCCUUUCUUUGUUCACCCUGAGGAUGCUACUUUAUUGUCGCCUAUUCCUAGCAAGGUGGUGCCUCCACCCUCAGAGUCUACCCAAGGGGUUGCAAAGAGCGGCGAAAUCAUUACUGCUGGAGAGCAUCUGCGAAGACGGUUGGAUGCUACGUACAAGUAUGAAGACGAAGCUACGAAUUAGUAGGAGGAGCUUUAUAAACUCCAUUGUUGUAUAAAUUCAUAUAUUACCAAACUCAUAAUGAAUAAACCACGAUUUAUCACUA